AUGAGAUUUGAUCUACUUGGGCUGGAGCUCGCGGAUGCUUGUGACAUGCCAGGGUGUUGGCCAGUGCGUACGUUCAUUCAUCCUUCUCUCUUCACCGUUGGAUCCAAGGCCAAGGUUACUGAUAAAGUCAAUAUGCAUGAGGAGUUGUCUAACCAGGUUGUUUUGGUCAUCUACUUUUUGAAUGAGCUGGUCGACUCUAAGACUGAGGUCUACUUGACUGCAUGGAUUAGGAUGAGUGAACUGUGUGGAGCCCAAUUGCACGAGGGCUAA